CGUGAGACCCACUUGAUAUCAAAUUGCUUGCCAGAAAGGCUUCACAAAAAUGGCUCCGCGAUUGCCGUUUUGUCAGCAAUGACCAAAGAUAAAACCACCCAUUUUGUUCUCUGCCAACAACUAUCAAUUUUGUGCUCUGUUUUUCUUUGAGGCAUUUUCACAAACACCUUGUGAGCAACAAAAGUUCCGCUAUGGCCAGACCUCAAAGGCAAUAUCGUGGCGUAAGACAAAGGCAUUGGGGCUCUUGGGUCUCUGAAAUUCGUCAUCCUUCGUUGAAGACGAGGAUUUGGCUUGGAACAUUUGAAACGGCGGAGGAUGCAGCGAGGGCUUAUGAUGAAGCGGCGAGAUUAAUGUGUGGACCAAACGCAAGAACGAAUUUCCCGUACAAUCCGAACACGAUUCAGUCGUCGAAUUCCAAGAUUUUGUCGGCCAAUUUGACUGCGAAAUUGCAUAGAUGUUAUAUGGCUUCUUUGCAGAUUAGUAACCAGGAGUUUAAAAGAGAACUUCCGCCGCCGUUUGCGACGGCGUCUUAUGCCGAUGCGGCGAGAUCGAUGGUGGAGGAGAAUCGACCCACGGCGGCCGAGGCGGCGGAGCAAGAGGAACAGAAAUUGUUGGAAGAUGAUCACAUUGAGCAAAUGAUCGAGGAGCUUCUUUAUUAUGGAUCCAUGGAGUUUUGUUUGUGAGACGAAUUUUUUUGAGGUUUAUAACGUGUUAGC